UUUUUUCUUUGAAAGAUUACCCAAAAUGCAAUAGCUUUCGGGAAAUACCAGGCGGGGAAUAGGAAAAGUAACACCAUGCGAGAAGUCAUUCUACGACAUUUAUAAAUCUUAAAAACAAUCGGAGGUGUGCAAAAAAUUAACACGACAGCUGAACAUUUCCCGAUUUUGUCGAUAGCAUUAUUUGGGAAAGCCGACAGUUUGUUUGGUGUUUUUCAGUAAAGGCAACAACGCGGAUUUGGCCCUCACGCGGGCAUCUUUCAAAGCUAGCUAGCGUGUUAGCCGGGAUGCUAGUUGGCUCUCUGAGCGUCUUCAUGAGUGACUGAAGACCGAAUCGAAAGUUGGUGUUGAAUGUGAACCUCAUCAGACAAAAUGUCUGGUUUUAACUUUGCCUCGGGGACUCUCGGUUCCGCCAACGCCAGUGGGGGAUUUGCAUUUGGGGCUGCAGCCAGUGCACCUAUGGCCAAUACUGGCGGCUUCUCGAUGGGAUCUGCUCUGGGUACAGCAGCCACAACCCUUACCGCCGGCACCACCCCAUCUCUUGGUCUUGGAGGCACUCUCUUUGGUGCCGCUACACCCACGGCAGGCCUUACGUUAGGUGCCCCAGCUGCCACAGGUGCGUCCACUGGCUUUAGCAUGGCCUUCAACAAGCCCACCGCCUCAGCAACACCCUUCUCCCUCACCACCAGUUCCACCCCCUCAGCAGCCCCUGCAGGUUUAUCAUUUGGCUCUGUCCUGACCGCCACGGCUCCACAGCAGCCUGCAGUAGCCUUUAACCUUGGUCUUGGUGGCACAACAAUGACCGCAGCCUCAACAGUCCCAUCACUGGGCGGUAGUCUCUUCUCCAACACGUUGUCUACAGGUUUAGGUCAGACCACUCUUGGACCAGGUGGGCUAAUGCUCGGCUCUCUAUUAGCUGCAUCCACAGCAGUAUCGGCAGCUCCUGCCCCAAGUAUAGGCCUUGGUGGAGUUGACUUCAGCACUUCCUCUGAGAGUAAGAGUGACCCAUCAUCUGGAGCCAAUGCAAAGGACAGUAAAGCUUUAAAAGAUGAGAACCUGCCUCCAGUUAUUUGUCAGGAUGUUGAGAAUUUCCAAAAAUUUGUGAAAGAUCAGAAACAAGUUCAGGAGAACAUCAGCAGGAUGUCAUCUAAGGCCAUUUCUAAAGUCCAAGAUGACAUCAAGAGCCUCAAACAGCUUCUCUCGGUCAGUGCCAGCGGUCUGCAGCGUCAAGCUCUUGCCAUCGACAAGCUAAAGCUGGAGACGGCGCAGGAGCUGAAAAAUGCUGACAUAGCACUACGUACACAAAAGACUCCCCCUGGACUCCAGCAUGAGAACACUGCUCCAUCAGAUUAUUUCCGUAGCCUGGUAGAGCAGUUUGAGGUGCAGUUGCAGCAGUACCGGCAGCAGAUAGAGGAACUGGAGAAUCACCUGACAACGCAGAGUGGUGGCUCCCACAUCACUCCUCAGGACCUGACUUUGGCCAUGCAGAAGUUGUACCAGACAUUUGUUGCACAGGCUGCCCAGCUCCAGUCUGUUCAUGAGAAUGUCAAGAUCUUGAAGCACCAGUACCUUUCCUACCGUCGGGCCUUCUUGGAAGACUCGACGGACGUCUUUGAAUCCAAACGGGCAUCUAACAGGAAGUGGCAGAGUACGCCGCGAGUCACCACUGGGCCUGCCCCAUUCUCCAGUGUGCCCAACGCUGCAGCGGUUGCCAUGGCAGCCACGUUGACCCAGCAACAGCAGCCAACUCCAGGGUCCCAGGCACCCAUGGGGGCAGGGUUUGGAAACCCCUUUGCCUCGGCAGUGGGCAGUAGCUUGGGCUCUUCUACCCUUGGAGGUUUUGGUGGUGGGCCAGGAUUUGGUGGGGUGGGGACUGGGGGGUCUUUUGCCUUCUCCACCAGUAAGCCCACAGGAGGCAGUCUGAGUGCAGGUUUUGGUAGCAGCAGCAGCUCAGGCUUUAACUUCAGUAACCCCGGCAUCAACCCCUCGGCUGGCCUGACCUUUGGCGUUUCUAACCAAACCGCUACAGGCUUUGGCACAGCACCCCUUCUCCAGCUGAAGAAACCCCCUGCUGGUAAUAAAAGGGGAAAAAGAUAGAACCAAAAACAACCCUGUGACCGACCAGCUGACUAACGGGUUUGUAGUGGGUAAGGCCUGGUCUCCCAAAAGCAUACAAGUGCUUUAUUAAUCACUAUCCAACUGCAAAAAAAUGAUUUAAAUCACAAGGACUGGGAUUUAAACCACCAUAAAACAGCAAUACAGGAUCACACAUUUAAAUUCAGUGUAUAUACUGUAUUCAAUCUUUCUAUUAUACAUUGGACUGUGUUGUCCACUGGUUUGUUUCCAUUACAUUUGAUUCCAAAUUCCCAAGUCCUGAGCCUUACCUCAUUGUCCAAGUUCCUAUGGAUUAAACAUUUUAUUUAUUUGGUCUCAUCGAUACUUGGGCAACUCUAAAUAAAUGUAUUCGACAGUGGAGUGCAUGGAAAUGCUCUUUGCAUAAUUUUAAAUAUGAUUUUGCCCAUUUGUGUUGACCAAAUGCUGCCAGCCCUCUCUAUUCUGAAGAUGCUUUUGGGAAUGCCAGACACGGACAGAGCUACGUCGAUUACAAAUAGUUAAAUUGUCCGCGAGGCGUUGCUUUUGUCUGAAUAUUGUACAAGACUGAUGUGUUUGUGUUGCUUUGAGGUCGACAAUGCAGUUUGUUUCAUUGAGUGACACAAACUGUGUCGAUCGCAUAACUGCACUCGAACGCUCCUCAAACGAUGACUGGGCCUAAGCCUCGUCCAGGGAAGGCAACGUUAAGGGAAGGAAGUGUAGUUGGUUUGGAACAGUGUAGUUGCUGCCUAAGGUAUCAAUCAGAGUAUGAUUUUUUAAAAAUAUAAUUAGGCACAGGGGGUGUCCAGGGUGGGUUUUUGGGGAGGCACAGUUUUAUUUUUGUAUCAAGUGGAGAAAGAGAUGACACGGGGAGGGGUAAAAGGGCACCAGCACCUUGGGAUAGUCCAUUAUCGAGUCCACAGAAACUGUGUUGUUUUGCUAAAUUCCAUCCUUAUCAUUGUUUCAUAGUUAUUAUGUAGACUCAUUUAAUUUGCCAUAAUGUAAGAACUUGGGAGAGGAAACACCGUGCUGUUUGUAUUCCAUGGGUCCCAUUUAAAUGUUAAGUGAGUUGAAUCUGAAAGGGAUUUUACAAGCAAGUUCUAGCUACUGGACGUUUACACGUGCUAGAAAUACAUUUGCACUUGUCAGUGUACAUGACCUGGCAGUGAAUGUGCAUGUGUGCCUAUUGCACAAGUAUGAAUUUGUCUCUCUGGUCUAUCAUAAUUGCUGACUUCUUUUGAGUGUCGGGAGAUGGUUGGGAUAUACUGUUUUUUGUCCAUUUCUGUUGGGUUACCAAAUACUGUUGGUUGUACUAUUAUUUUCUAAUCACAGUCUGUGUAAACCUGUAUUUUCAAGAAGCUGUUUAAUAAUAAAAUCUCCAAUAGGAUGUUUUGCCCGUUUAUGGCAACGCUAUAAUAAAUGUGCGUGUUGACACAGAA